AUGGAGCAGACCAAGGCGCUCAACGCGCUCGAACCCUUCCUCGCCCUCAGCAAGUCCGCGACAUCGCCGCGCGCCGCCUCGGACCUCGUCGUGCAGGCGACCAGCGCACCAAACACAUAUGUUUUCGCCGAGCUGCUGCAGACGCCCAACAUCCAAAGCCUGCGCAGCUCGCCCGAGCACGCUUCCUACCUGACGCUGCUGGAGGUGUUCGCCUGGGGCACCUGGGCCGACUACAAGACACACGCCGGGCUGCCCAAGCUCUCGGCCCCGCAGCACCAGAAGCUGCUGCUGCUCUCGCUGCUGCCGCUCAGCCACGCCCACGCCACGCUCACAUACGCUCGCCUGCAGGCCGCGCUCGACCUGCCCACGCCCCGCGCGCUGGAAGAGCUCAUCACAACCGCCAUCUACGCGGGCCUGCUGACGGCGACGCUGGACCCGGCCCACAGCCGCGUGAGCGUGACGUCGAUUGCGCCCCUGCGCGACCUGGCGCCGGGCGCCCUGCCGCGCCUGCAGAGCACCCUGGCCGCCUGGAGCGGGCGGUGCGACGCAGCGCUGGCCGAUCUCGACGCACAGGUCGAGCGCGUCAAGCGCGACGCGGUGCAGCGCGAGAAGCUGCGGCGCAAGAGGGAGCGCGCGGUCGAGGUGCAGACCAGCGACGAAAGGGGCGCGGGGAAGCGGGCGCCGGAGAUGCGGGGCGGUGGGUACGGGGACGACGACGCCAUGGAUAUUGACCAGGAGGGGGGCAGCGGAAGGGCGACGCGGGGCGCGAAGAAGGGCGCUGCGCCGUCUGGCCUUGGGGGUGCGGGGAGGCGGUUGGGACAGUGA